CGCCACAUGCAGGCCAGUAAAAGUGCUUUCGAACAAUUUCACGUCGAAAUAUUAGCGAAGUCAUGUCUUCCUCGAAGAUUUCGUUGGACAAGGAAGCGUUUUUUCGACGCGCCAAGAAAAUAUACAGCGCUUGGAAGGCUUCGUCCUCGGAGAACGGGGCAUCGUUUAGCGAAGUGGAUUCGAUCGUCGUUGCUGUUGGAAACGAUGAAGAUGUUAUUUACAGCAAAUCGACAGCUUUACAUCAAUGGCUGUUUGGUUAUGAGCUAACAGACACACUGAUGGUGUUUGCGGAGUCAUCUCUUGCAGUUCUCGCAAGCAAAAAGAAAAUCGAUUUCCUCAAGCCACUGCAAGAAGCACAAAAGAAACAUGAAGGAUUUCCUUCAAUAAAUCUGCUUCUGAGAGACAAGGUUGACAAAGAUAAAACCAAUAUCCAGAAACUUAUCGAGAUCAUCAAGGAAAGCAAAAAGGGCAAGAAUGUUGGAGUUUUUCAAAAGGAUAAUUUUCGCAGUGAAUUUAUCGACACUUGGAGUAACAGUUUCAAGAAGAACUCAUUUGAAAAGGUUGACAUAAGUGCCCACAUAGCAUAUGCCAUGGCCGCAAAGGAAGAUACUGAAUUGAGUCAUGUGAGGAAAGCUGCUUUGGUGUCAUCAGAUAUUUUCAGCAAGUUCUUCAAAGCUCAUAUUAUGGAGAUUGUUGAUCAGGAAAAGCGAGUAAAGCAUUCAAAAAUUGCGGACAAUCUUGAGGCAGCUUUGGACUCAAAGAAAUAUCUCCUUGGUGGUAUGGAUUCUGAGCAGACGGAAAUGUGUUUCAGCCCAAUCAUACAAAGUGGUGAAACGUUUAGCCUCAAGUUCAGUGCAACAAGCAAUGACGAUCGUCUGGACUAUGGCGUGAUCAUAUGUACCUUUGGCGUACGCUAUAAAUAUUACUGCAGCAGCAUUAUCAGAACGAUGUUGGUGCAGCCGACGGAGGAGCAGCAAGAAAACUACAAUAUAUUACUGUCGACGCUCGACGCGGUUAUCGAGAAGUUAAAAGAUGGUGUUUUGCUAUCUGAUGUGUACAACGCUGCCUUGAAUCAUGUCAAAGAAAAGAAGUCUGAACUCCAGGGAAAUUUUGUGAAAAGUAUCGGUUUUGCAACUGGGAUUGAAUUCCGUGAAGGAUCUUUGAUGAUCAAUGCGAAGUCGAACCACAAGGCUCAAAAAGGCAUGGUUUUCUGCGCGAGUGUCGGUUUUUCCGGGUUGGUGAAAAAAAGCGAAGAUUCAAAAAAAGACAAACAAUAUGCGUUGUUCAUUGGGGACACGCUGCUGGUUAAUGAGAAUGGCCCAGCAACUUUGCUCACUCCGGCUAAAAAGAAGAUCAAUAAUAUUGGAAUAUUCUUAAAGGAUGAAGACGAACAAGAAGACUCGGAUAAUGUCGAUGAUGAAGAUUUGCUUCGAAGCGCCGAAGGAAAGUCUAAAUUGUUAGAAAACAGAACGAGGACAGAGUUGACUUCUGAGGACAAGCGAAAGGCUCAUCAGCAGGAACUGAGAGAACAACUACACGAGGAAGCCAAAAGACGGUUGCUCGAAGCUCAAGGAAAAGCACCCGAGAAAAAAAUUAAAGUGUCGAAUAUCGCGUACAAACACAACUCGCUUCUUCCGCGAGAGAAAGAAGUUCGCGAGUUAAAAAUAUUUGUUGAUAAAAAAUACGAAGCAAUCAUUUUACCAGUGUUUGGAAUCGCAACGCCUUUUCACAUCUCUACUGUCAAGAAUAUCAGCACGAGUGUCGAAGGAGACUACACAUAUCUUCGAAUAAACUUCUUUAGUCCCGGAAGCGCUUUGGCUCGACCUGACUUGAAUAACUUCGCCGAACCUGAUUCGACUUUCCUAAAGGAGGUGACAUAUCGUAGCUCGAUGCAAAGGACCUCGGGGCAAGCCGUCGCCUCGUCGGCAAAUCUCAACAACGCUUUUCGCUUCAUCAAAGAAGUGCAAAAGAAAUUCAAAACUCGCGAAGCGGAAGAAAAGGAAAAAGAGGGUAUCGUCAAACAAGACGCUUUGGUGAUUAACGCGAGCAAAAAUAACCCAAAAUUAAAAGAUCUUUAUACUCGACCGACGUUAGGGACAAGACGAAUACCGGGGACGUUAGAGGCGCACACGAAUGGUUUUCGUUUUCAAUCUGUUAACGGAGAACGAGUCGAUAUUUUGUACGGAAACAUUAAACACGCUUUCUUUCAGCCUUGUGAUCACGAAAUGAUUAUACUUAUACAUUUUCAUCUAAAAAACGCGAUUCUUAUUGGCAAAAAGAAGUAUCGCGAUAUACAAUACUAUACCGAGGUGGGAGAAAUAACCACGGAUUUGGGGAAAAACCAACAUAUGCACGACAGAGAUGAUUUACAAGCUGAGCAGGCUGAACGGGAACUUCGACAGCGGUUAAAAGCGGCGUUUAAAUAUUUUAUCGACCGAGUAGAAGGCAUUACACACGGUCAAGUUGAAUUCGACGUUCCUUUCAGAGAACUUGGGUUCGUUGGAGUUCCAUUCAGAAGCACAGUUCUACUCCAACCAACCACGCAUUGUCUGGUCAUGCUGACGGAACAGCCGGUCUUUGUAAUAACUCUGGAUGAAGUGGAACUAGUUCAUUUUGAAAGAGUUCAGUUUCAUCUGAAGAAUUUCGACAUGGUGUUCAUUUUCAAAGAAUACACGCGUAAAGUCGAACACGUGAACUCCAUUCCGAUGACAUCGUUGGACUCUGUUAAAGAGUGGUUAAAUUCGUGUGAUAUAAAAUAUACCGAAGGCGUGCAGAGCUUAAACUGGGCAAGAAUUAUGAAAACAAUCACGAACGACCCCCAGGAUUUCAUAGAAAAUGGUGGCUGGAGUUUCCUCGAACCUGACAGCAGUGAAGAAGAACAGGAAGACGAAGACGAUGAAGAGAGCGAGUACGCUCCGAGUGGUUCCGAUGCGGUCGAGGACGAAAGCGAGGAGAGUGAAUUGUCUGGGGAGACUGAAGAGAGCGAAGAGGACUCUGAAUUUGAAGAAGAGCUUGGAUCAGACGAGGAAAGUGGAAAGGAUUGGUCAGAACUGGAAGAAGAGGCGACAAAAGCCGACAAGGAAAGAGCGCCACCCGCUGAGGAAUCGAACUUGUCACGGAAACGAAAGAAAUCCGGACAGAAACAAGACACGCCGAACAAGAAAAAAAGACGCAAAUAAAAAAAUGCCAAAAAGGACAAAACUGUUGCGAGACGCAGGUAUUUGUAAAUACGGAACAAAUUAAACAAAACGCGCAUGGUCACAACUGGAUUUUUUUGUUAAAGCGUUUCUCUAGUUUCUCAGGAAACUUCAGGCAAUGGAACAAGUCGGGUCAGACAUUAUAGAUCAUUGUAGCUAGAGAAAUACGGGAGAAACUCAUUGUUCGACUUACGUAAAGUUUCAUAAAGAAUACAGAAAGAUUAUACAGCAGGCGGUCCUGGAGACGGAACCUUUUAGGUUGAUAUCGUAAUGCCAGUCAUUGUUCGUGUGUGGCGCUGCUGUUUCCGUUCACUACACUGUGUUUUUGUGCUAGUUUAUGGAGAUUUAUGCAGGAUAAAAAUGCUGUUCAUGCACGUCGCCUGUUCGGGCAGGUCGUCGUUACGUGUCGGAACAUUCGUCUCCAAAUAUGCAAUAUAUCAUCGUCUCAUUUGGUGCAUGCAUGGGGAAGACAAUAAAGCGUUGGCGUGUGUAGCCUUUGACAAGCAGUACAAGCAUAGGAUUAUGUAAACUCGGUUAGUUGCCUUGAACUUGCAAGGUAAUGUGUUAUUGCCAUAUUGGCCAAGGCUAAUGAUUGAUAACCUACACAUGCCACAAUUCCACUACGUUUUUACUGUUUGGAAGAAAAAGCAAUUUCACAACAGUUUGAAAGAGUUAUAUAUAACCCUAAUUUAGUACGCAGUUUGAUUGCGAAAUAUAGUCGGUGAAAAAUACACGGAAAUAUGCAUGAAAAUGCGGAAAAUAUAGUCCUAUACAGUUGCUAAUUUCUACGUGCAAAUUUUUGUGCAAUUUUCGAGACUCGGAAGUGAUUUCCUGUGCGUGAGGCAAACGUGAUGAAGUAACACGGAUACAUUUUCCGUAAUUCGCUUUGAACUUUCAAAUUUUGCUUAAAAUUUUUACUAAAAUUUCUUUUAUUUAAUGUGUAGUUCAGUAUUGUAGACUUGUAGUUAAUUUACCUGGUUUAAAACUUUGUUUGAUGCAACUCCUUUUGAGGAUAACCAACUCCUUUGAAGGAUAUGAGAAUCUUACAUACCAUAGUCUGUGGAUUUUAUCUUUAGAAAGCUGGGAAGCGAUUUAGUUGCUCUAAGUAUAAAGCGACUAUCUUUAGCUCACUGAACAUUUUUGAGGAUUUUAAUGAUGAUUGAUAAUUUUAGGUGAAUUGCGGUAAAAUCCUCACUCGUGUUUACUUACACACAAAAACACUACACUCAACCUCUUGGCAUGAUACGGUUAUCCGUUACCAUGCAAUCACAUCCGCCGGUGUUCGACUUUGUACGAUAUGUACCCAUUUUAGGUAAGUGUAGUGUAGUGUUAUAGUUUUUAUAAAACAAACCGCAAAAUUCAACCUCAAGGCUCGAAAUCAUCGACUGAAAAAAGUGAUCGAAAUUUUGAACUAAUCACCAAUAAACAGCUGAAUUUUCGUGAAUUCUUAGAAAACUGUUCGGAUAAUCAAGUGUGAUCAGAUGAGAUGGUCUCUGCAUGAUCAGACCAUGUUUCAUCUGAAUUGGACGUCACCGAUGAUUGUACCGCAGCUGAGGUUAUAACUUAUAUAUACUAAAUAUGUGGAGAUAAAAAUAGAAAUGAUGGUGUUUUACACGUAUAACUAUACAUGUAAAACUCACCCACUCGUACGUAUUCGGAAGGGAAACGACCAUGCGGCAUGCGUCCUUCACGCAUGUUGCCUCACCAGUGGUAUCACCUAUUAAGAACAACUUGUUGAAAUUACAACUUAAUAUAUAUAUACGGAGACCACGCGGGGUUAAAAAUAAUGAUGGCUAAACCUAUUGUUCCCUGCAUGCAUGCAUGUGUUUAAAAUUCACCCACUCGCUUUGAAAUAGAAACCCCAUUACCUAUAUAUAUACGUAUGCAUGGUUUCAAAAUUUAGAUAUGUGCUUGUGCUUCACUUAUUUACAGUACACGUACUCGCAAAAGUACACGCACAUAUUUACCCACACGAGUUUUGCGCUGCAGGUAAAACAACUUAAUGAAUUUAAAAAACAUUAGCUGGUUCAUGCAAGUUUAUUAUCAUCCCAUAUAAACUCUGUCUUUAAAGUCGCCUGUAUUAUAAGCAGUAAGUUGGGGCCGGUUGUGUCAAGCCCGUUUAGCCUAAACGGUGGAUAAGUUCAAAAUAGAAAGCAAGUCUAUCGUUUUAUUCA